AUGAGUGGCGAAAACAUUAAAAAUUUGCUGGCGCCGCAGCCAACGGUGGAUCAAGGACCGUACAGUGGGAAGUAUGAGAAGCGUAUGGUGGAUCUUCCAAAACCAACGUACUCAACGUUUUACAACAAGAACAAAGAGUUCGACAGUACUCACCCCAGGUAUUUCAAGCAACGUGACGCGGUUAUCGGCCCAAUAGUGAAUGAUACAGUGGAUCCCAAGAACUUUCUCCGCACAGGACAGGGGAUCAAACACAUUGUUCCACCUGUGCCCCAUAAAAAGCAGCACCGAAAGGAUUUUUUAGACUGCGGAGACAUACGGAAACGCACUCAGGGAGCGAUGGAGCCGGCAGAUCAACAACAGAAGGAAAGUUCGGGGAUGGGUGGUAUGGGAUCUCUUGCAAAUACAAAUGGGGUGGGUGGGCAAGCGGGUGAUGGCAUUCGGGAGCACGACAUGAGCUCCAACGACCCUGAGCGAAAGGGCGAGCAAGCUAACGGUGGCGACACCGGCUUGCGUGGCACCGGAAACGUUGAAUCUGCUGUGGGAUCAUGUGACAACAAAAAUAAUUUCCAGGGGGCCGCAACAGGAGACAAUGGGCGCUGCCACCUGAAUUCACUUGACCGCUCACGUUGUAAAAAGGACUUUGUCACGUCAAACAUUAUUGAUGUAGACAACAUGGUCCCAAAACGGCGGAAAGAUCAACCUGAGGAUCCAACCCGCAGAAAGACAUUUGGUCGGGUACCUGGGUAUAUAGGACGAGUGAAGGAGGUAAUUGAGAAGGAGCGAAUGCAACUUAAAGCAAUUGGUGAGGCGAGAACGAACAAUCGCCUAGAGAGAGUGGGUAAAUUUGUAUACCGAUUGGAUGAGCAAGAAAGGCUAAACAUGAUCUCCAAAUUACGAGCGAAGCUGACAGAAAAAGGUGCUGAGUUGAAUAGAAUGCCAUUUGCUAAAGAUACAUAUAUUCAGAUGAAGCGAAAGUCUGAUUUGGAGAAGCGUAUCAAGGAGAUCGAGAGCUCUCUCGAGAAGCUGGAAAAAGACGCUGUGUUUAUUUAUAGCGAUGAUCCAAGGGUAGUUCACUGGACCAAGGACGCUGCUUUUGAGGAGGCCCGUCUCUUUGCCUCCGACUAG